AUGACGAAGACAGGAGACAUCAAAAGAUUAAAGCCUGUAAUAGAGAAGAAGAGAAGGGAUCGAAUCAACCAUAACCUAGAAGCAUUAAGAGAUCUGCUUUUCAAGAACACUGCAGACACACAUUUACAAAAUCCUAAACUGGAAAAAGCAGAGAUUUUAGACCUUGCGGUUCAAUACAUCAAAAAGACCACAAGAAAAACCGAGGUGAAAUCUAAUCAAAUGGAUUCCAAUGCCACUCAGAACCAGUCUUUUGUGUCUGCUUCUGUAGGCCCCACCAGUGACCUCUGUGUAUCAGACUUCUAUGGGAGGUUUAAAUCAUUUGAGCAGAAAGAGGUUCUUAAAAAGAAAGAGGUUCUGAAACUCAGGGUCAGUCUAACUGCUGUUUCCAAAGCAGUAAGUGAACCAGUGGCCCAGACAGACUCCCUUCUAUCACCAUCAGACCAGCACUACCACCAGGAACUUCUCUUACACCCUGAAUCAUCUUUGUAUGGCUCUAAACUUUUGCGUCAAUCUACUUCUCCCCCUUGUUCAUUAUCAUCGGAAUGUAGUUCCCUGCCAUCAUCUCCCACUUUUACAAGCUUAUCCUCCUCUCUCUCGCCUCCAUAUCUUUCCGGGCCUUGUCUCCUACCUGCUCCUCUUGAUUCAGUGUUUUCUCUUAUAACACCAUUUUCACUCCAUAGGCCUGUUAUUGAGCAUCAGCCCAUUCUGCCUAACUUGGCUAGAGAUUUUACCCCACUACAGUCUCCCAUACUGGCUCUAAGACCAGAACGCUUUUCUCUUCCAACCCAGACCAUAUGGAGACCAUGGAGCUGAACUCUUACCAUGGUGUGAUUCCUUUUACUU